AUGGAACUGCGAUCGGCGCGCCGCCUAAGGCGCUCGCCGCCACCGCCGCCGGAUGGAGCUACCUCCGGACAUCUUCCACGGUCUUCUGACCGCAUCAGCGCUCUCUCCGACGACAUGAUCCUUGUGAUCCUCUCGCGCCUCGGCAGCGUCCGCGCCGCCGCGCGCACGGGCCUCCUCUCGCGACGGUGGCGCGGCCUGUGGACCCGCCUCACCGAUCUUGUCUUCUGCGGCGAUGCGUCCGACACGAUCGAAGCGGCGCUCGCCGGCUUCUCCGCCUCACAUGUGGUAUCUUCCAUCCACAUCCACAUCCGCUUUCCGAGAACACAUGACCCGAGCUCGUUGCUGCGCACGGUGGCGCUGCUCUCACCGGCGGAGCUAAUGUUCGUCCUCAAGAACGAGGAGCAGUUUAUUUGGCCACUAUACAGAAGCCCUGUUGCCGACGUUGUUCUGCCUAGUUUCCAUCGCGUCACGUCGAUUGAGCUAGACGUUGGGCUGCUCAGCAUCGGCCCACCGCCGGCCGCCGGUGAGUUUCCCGCGCUUGAGAAGCUGUCCCUCGCUGGCUACAUCCUCGACCUCGGCACAUUGCUCAGCCGCUGCCCACGCCUCCGGGUGCUCGGUGUCACCUUUCGCGAUGCCAAUGACCCCCUCUCGCUCCAUGCAGAACUCGCGGCGCUCGAAACCGCAGUUGCAGUGCUUGGCCUCACGAUGUCCCUCCUCGCCAUCGAGACUCGCCGGAUUUAUGUUGUCAACGCCGCUGGUUUCGGACCCCUUCUCCGCGCCAUGGCGAGGCUAUCACCCCGGAAGGUUAUGAUCACUCAGAAAUUUGGCGGUCACGAAUAUGGCAGGGACGAAUUUCGCGGACACAUCGAAGCCGAUCUGCCCUGUUUCCACUAUGCUACGUCCAUUGAUAUGGAUUUACUCAGCACCGUCCGCUUCACAUUACUGCCGGAUGGCGAGUUCUCGGCGCUUGACACGCUGUCCCUGCCAUGGCGUUGCAGCAUUCCCGACCUCGACUCCUUGGUCAGACGCUGCCCGCGCUUACGUGUGCUCAAGGUGGCCUUGGCUACGGGUGAUGUCACGGUCCGUUCGGCGUCGUUGCAGGACCUCUCUCUCUAUGGAUAUGCCAAAGCCGACGCCGUCGCCGCCAACACCAACCCUUCUCAGUUUCAGCAGCAGCUCCGGUUCGUCGACGCGCUGGUCCAGUCCCUCACCGGCCAGCUCCAGAGCAUGUACAACCUCGGAGCGCGCAAGGUGUUGUUCCUGCCGGUGGGGAGUUGCCCGUCUCUGCGGGAGCUGAGCUUCGGCAGGGACUGCAGUGCCGAGGAGAAAACCAUGGCCGCGCGGUACAAUGUGGCGGCCGAGGCCGUGGUGAGCACGGUUUUGAAUUUCGUCUGGAAAAAUUAA